AAAUGCAUAAAAUUGUUUUCCAGCGUUCAUUCACAUUAAUAUUUUUUUUCUUUCUUUGCAGGAGCGUCUCGGGGGCUUCUCAUGAUCGGGAUAUCCAUUUACACCGUGUCAUACUUCGACCAGUACAGGGGUAUCGCUUCCGGCAUCAGGUUCACUGGAGUUUCUUUGACUGGCAUCAUCGGCCCUUCACUGCUCGCACAACUAGCAAAGACGUACAAUUUCCAGGGUUGCCUGCUCAUCACAGGAGGCCUUAUGCUGAAUCUGAUACCCUUGAUGAUGAUGCUGCGGAACCCGCGACCUGUUGCUUGUUCUAAAUGCUGGCGCUGUGGCACGUCGCAGCACACAAUGAAGAAUGCGAGCGUGGCCGUGUGCCCAACUACGACGGCGGCAGCGCACAGCAUGCAGCCUCCCACCACCUCUGUCCACGUGGCGCCGAAAAGGCAACUGACAUGCGGAAAAUAUAACGAAGAAGCAGAGGCAGACACAACUCCGAAUACAGCAAAACAUAAUUCAUGCCAUAGACCUCCGCGAAAACCACCAGGAAUGCGAAUUCAGCUGCCGAAAGUUUUCGAACGGCGCGAAGGUCCCAGCCCUGGAAUCGCGGCUCAAACCCUAACCGUGCUUACGACGCCUUCCUUCUACAACAUCAUGAUCGCCCUCGUGGCCGCGGAUUUCACACUUCCGUUGCUAGGCACGACCAUCGUCGACUACGCUCUCGACAAAGAACUAACUCCGGACGAAUCUUGGAGGCUCGUCACUUUUCUGUUCAUUGGUGCCAUGUUCGGGCAUCUCGUCAUCCCACUAUUGUCUGACAAGCUGGCCCGUGGACGGUCCCUCAUCGCGGCCCUCAGCUUCACUCUGCUGUCGCUUUCUUUCAUCCUGAUGCCACAAGUUGGUAGUUUCGCAGCUGUUGGAGCGGUCACUGUUCUGGGAGGUGUCCAGCACGGCUACCUUAACACGCUCAAACCGGUACUCGUGGCCGACUACCUAGGUGUUGGCAGCGUCGCUGUUUCCUGGGGUCUCAUGGGGCUGGCUUCUUUGCCGCUCACUAUAUGCGAACCUAUGAUUGUGGGUGCAUUUCGCGACAACGGUGGCUCGUACGACCGGCUCUACCGCUUGUGCAGUGUGGUAAGCCUCCUUGCAGCGUCCCUGUUGGUCUUGCAGUCCUGCCUGGACGCCAGAAAGCGGAGUGCGAAGUUUGAGACGGCGCCGCUUCCAUCCGCACCAGUCUGCACUGACAUCGAUGGCACGACGUCGCACUCCCCAAAGUGACGCUGGCGGACACCCUGGCCAAGUGAUCACCUGUCAUAAACAGGCAGAAAAACAAAA